AUGCUGAUAAAAAUAGCGAGAUUUGAAGGCGAAUAUAGUGCAAACAAAGCCGAGGUUGUCAAUCAUUUCCUUAUGUCCAACAUGAAGUUGCAGCGAGUUGGAGGCCUGUCUAAUUCGAGACUUGGGCGAUCGGACGAAGAGUCUCGAUCGGAGAUCAUGGGCCUCGAGGCUUCGACCUUGUCGGCGUAUUUCGAAUGGUUGCCGGCAUCGGAUUUUGCUGUAUUCAAAACCAUUUCAGAUAAACCCACGACGUCAGGAUAUGGCUAUUUUGAUGAUGUUUGGAACCAGAAGGGAAGCGACUGUAACCCGCCAAGAUGA